CGCGCGCAGCAGGCGCACGUGGAGCGGGCGCCGUGGUCCCCGGUGGUGGCGGAGUUGCCGCCGCAGUGAAUCGAUCUGUCACGUGGUCUCCGCGGGGCGCUUCUGCACAGCAUCUCUGUCCCGAGCGAUACUGAACUUUAAUACUCUUCUGGGAUACCUCGCAGCCCGCUUCCUUCGGAAGGAAUUCUUUUAGAAAGCGGUUGUUACGGUCAUUUCCUCCAGAGAGACUUCUUUUCCUGACCCUCUCAACUAAGGUCGCUAACUGUCUGUUCCUCAAGGGUUUUCAAGAUGGCUGCAGCUCCUCAGGCACCAAAGAGGGGAUCUAUUCGGAAGACUAGACCUCUGGUUGUAAAGACAUCACUGAACAACCCCUAUGUCAUUUCCUGGAGCAGCUUGGAGAGAGAAGACAUGCACUUUAUCCUACAGACGCUGGAGGACAAGUUUAAGUCGAUCGGACUUCAGAAAAUUGAAGAUAAGAAGAAAAGGAAAGCAAAGCAGAGAGGCGGGCUUGUUGGGACCAGUGAGGAGCCGCAAGAGCCCCAUGGGGGUGUGCGGGUGUCAGGGUGGACCCCUGUGCACACCAGGAAGCAGCUGGCCAUCGGGGUUAAUGAGGUCACCCGGGCUCUGGAGAGGAAUGAACUGCUCCUGGUUCUAGUGUGUAAGUCAGUCAAGCCCGCCAUCAUCACCUCACACUUGAUUCAGCUGAGUUUAAGCAGAACCGUUCCUGCCUGUCAGGUACCUCAGCUCAGCGAGAGAAUUGCUCCAGUCAUUGGCUUAAAAUGUGUGCUAGCCUUGGGCUUCAGAAAGAACACCAUGGACUUUGCUGAUGAAGUAGAAGCCAUCAUUCCCAGGGUGCCCAGCUUAAAUGUGCCCUGGCUUCCAGACGGAACCCAAGGUCUCACAGACAGUUUGGAGACGGAGUCUUUGGAAAGCCAGGACAAAGAGGUUUUGGACACUUCAUUUGAUGACCUUACAAGACUUAAGAGGAAGCUUGCUGAAGGUGGACAAGCUCCAGCUGCAACACUACAACCCCUGAAAAUAAAGAGACUCGUUCCUAACCCGAGUAAGAUAAGGAAACCACCCAAGAGUAAAAACCCCUCAAAGUAGUUCUGUGUGACCCUGCCACUUCGUGCAAGUAUGUGGUCUAAAUAAGCGUUGACACAAAUAAAGCCAGGUGUGCUGCAUAUGCUCUUA